AUGAGGUAUCCAAGAAGAAUUAAACUAGAACAAUUGAGCCCUCUUGCAGGUACUGGGAAGAAGCCAAGAGUGAUCACCUUUGAUGCUUACAAUACCCUUUACUCCACUACACUUCCAGUGAUGGAACAAUACUCGAGAGUAGGCAAGAAAUAUGGUAUAAAUACAAGCGCCGAAAAACUGGCAGCUAAAUUUCCUACGAAGAUCAACAUCCAAACUAUGGCAAGGCACACAGGGAUUUCUCCGAAAGAUUGGUGGGGAAUAUUGAUUUCUGACGUCUUUGCUCCCAUCUAUGUUCCUCAGAAGAUGAUUGUCGAAAUUUUACACGUAUUUGAUGGUUUUGGCGCAUAUACGGUUUAUCCGGAUCUGCUAGAGUUCCUGAAACUAAUAAAACAAAAAUAUCCAGAGGUUAUUCUCGGCGUAUUGAGUAACACUGACCCGAUCAUGUACACUUUACUGAAAAACAUCGGUCUGGAACCAUAUUUUGACAGCAACGUCUAUCUAUCUUAUGAUCUGGAAGUGGCUAAGCCAGAUCCCAAGUUCUUCGAGUUAGUAUUACAGAACCUAGUUGAACGACACCCUGAGUUGAUUGCGGGUUCUACCAUUGAGGGGCUCAAGUCCUGCUGCUGGCAUGUUGGUGACGAAGAUACCAAUGAUCUGCAAGGCCCCUAUAAUGCAGGCUGGAACGCGGUUUUGAUAGAUAGAACUGAUAAGUACAAGCACUUAUCAGAAACUUCAGACGGGCUUCAACGACAGACACACGCAUUAUACACUGAUAAAAUUGAUAACAAUGCGUCAGAGAGCUGGGGGUUGUCGAUGAAGCAGACCGACGCUAUACAGUUAUCAGAUUGUCAAUAUGUUGUCUCCAACUUCAGGACUUUGACAAAGGUUCUGUUUGAGUAG